CAUCACCAUGACAAGUCAACGUUGUCAUCAUUGAGUGAUACAGUACACCAAAAACUGAACAAUGACAAAUACUUUAGCAUGAAACAACACAUGCUGGCAGCCAUUACCGAAAAGAAAGUGGAAAUUUGGCAUUCUCUUUUGAGAGAUUCCAUUGAAUGGGAUUACACUGCACCACAGAUUAGGCUGAAUGCCCAACUUCUUAGUGUAAACAAGAUACAGCAUGAAUUUUGCCAUCAUUUUGUCCCUGAAUAUCAAAGAGGUACUGGAGAAAGGGAUCACACCCUUCUUGCAAGAAGAUCAGCUGAAUUUAUUAUUGAAAAAUUGCAGCUCAUUGCAAAAAACCUCGUAAGCCCAAAGCAGGUUCCACGUCAAAUUGGUCAAAAUGGAAAACUACUAGGAGAGCCCAAGUACCAGCUUCCUUCAUUUGGCAACACCAUCAUCGAUGCCCUAUCUCUCCCACUGGCAUACAGUCAUGACAAGAUAAAACAAAAUCGGGAACCAAAAUCACAUGUGAUGUGUGACUUUCCCAACUGCAACACUGAGGGCACUCAACAGAUAACAAGACUGGCAUGUUUUCAUACUUGCCAUCGUCUAUGCCUGGAAAAUAAUGGAAACUCCUGUCCUAUUUGCAAAGAUCGUCUUCUCAAGAGGAUCACUGAUUUAAGUGACACAUUUAACAGUGGCUUGUUGGAAACCAAAGAUAACUCACCAGCCAUAAAUGAAACAAAUGAACAAAGUACAAGCCAAGCAGACAUUACCACAACUACAGGAAGAAAUGCAGAAUUUUACAAGUCGCAUGAAUGGGAGAACUUCAUUUCUACAAGCUUUGAACAGCUGGUGAUUCCACAGCCAAGUGUUCUGCAUACAACAACCCGAGAACCCACACAGACCACAGGAAGCACCAGUACCAGUCAAAGGCAAAAUCACUGUUCACAUUGUGGGCGACCUGGACACCGCAAAUCUCGUGGUGCGUGAAUUACAUGUCACAUCCUAUUACAAUCAAGCAGUCAAUCUUCUCAACACACAACACAAUCGUCAGCACAACCACAAUCUUACAAUCCGCAAUCUUACAAUCCACCUAUACCUUUGUCAUCACAAGCCUCCACACUUUAUGUUCCUCCUUCCACUACAGAUACUGUUACUUCCUGGAAGCUACCUGUUUCCUUGUCACAGUCAACAAUAGGGGGACGCAAAGGGGAGCAAUGCAUGCACAGUUACUUCACUGUUACUGGCCAAGACCUACCUAACAAAUAAACAAUUGCUCCAAUUUUUUUUUUUUAAAUUGCUAAACACAUAAUUAUUUACCUUGCUUUACUCUACUUAUAACACGACACAAUACUUAACCUACUUACAAUACACUACAUUAUCAUUAUCAUUAAUAUUAUUAUUAUAUUAUUAUUAUUAUCAUUAUUUCUAAUGCUUUUACUGUCGUACAAACGUCACUUACAAUACAUUAAAAAAAACAACUAUUUAAAAUACUUG